GGUUUGUUUAAGCUGGCGUGCAGAGAAUACGCAGGCGGUGGACUCUUUCUCGCCGAACAACAACAGAGGAAGAAAGCAAAACUGAGUCUAAACCCUAUCGUUGUGGGUUUCUCGUGCUCUUCUUCGUCUUCUUCCUACUAAUAAAAAUGGCUGAUUCAGCGCAUGAGACAGAGAUCAGAUGCCAUCAUUGCGCAGGCCCUCUCACUAAAAACUUGGAAACCAGUGAAUGGACUGUGUCUCCCUUCAUCAGGGAUAGCUUUUCUAUGAUUGGAUCAGCUGUUGGUGGUACUGCAAGUGCAUUCAUUGGAUUUAACCAUGUUAUGCCAAUUGUACGCAAGUGGAUAAAAGGACCCAUGUGGUUACACUUUCUUGUUGGGGCACCGCCUGUUAUAGUUGUUUCAUCGGCCUGUGCUGGACUAGCAGGUGGCACCCUACCGGCACUGGCACAGCUUGCUUCAUCUUCAUACAGAGCAGCAGUUCAUUCGGCUCAGCCACCAAAGGCACAAGAGAAGAACAAAAUGCAAAAGUCUACAACAUCUCCUCUGUAAAACACACAGCACAGCUUUCCCUUUUGUUCAUUUUCUUUUCUCUCCAUCUUUUUUUCUGUCAGCCUUUCUCCAUCUUGUAUGUCAAGAAGUGAGGUUCUUGGUGUAAAUACUUCUACUUAAAACUCAGUAGUUCUAAAGAAAGCUUAAGUCGUGCCAAGGGCUUUUUAUUGUUUUGGUGUUUCA